AUGACAGUGCAGGGGCUGGAGAGAAUUCUUAUAUCCAGUCUCCUGGACUAUGGCUAUACUUCUGCAAACUGCAACAUGACAUGCCAUAAAGAUGCCCGGUGUGAAGUGCGGGGCGGAACACAAGGCUGCUAUUGCACCCAAGGGUAUACAGGAAAUGGCAUAUCAUUCUGUUAUGAUGAUAAUGAAUGUGAAAAUGCUACUCAGCCUUGUGGAGAGAAUGCCAAUUGCACAAACACUGUGGGAAGUUAUUUCUGCAUGUGUGUACCUGGUUACAAAUCCAGUAAUGGUCAACAAAGUUUUGUACCCAAUGAUGGAACCUCCUGUGUGGAUGUAGAUGAGUGCAGCAAAGAAGGAACUGUUGCCUGUGGAGAUCAUGCAAAAUGUGAAAAUGUGGAUGGAGGGUAUAACUGUGCCUGCAAGGAAGGUUAUCAACCAUCCACAGGAAAAUUGCGGUUUAAGCCAAAGGAUGGCACUUCCUGCCAAGAAAAUCCGAAGGCCAAGUGUGAGUUAUACAAAGACUGUAUAACUGAACAUAUUAAUAGAACUUUAGCUGGAAUUAGUCACUUAAAAACCUCCUUGGAGAUGCUGCAAGAAAUUAAUAAGAAUACCUUAGGACCACUUUUACCUGUAGAUGUGAUUUCAUAUGUAGAAGCACUGUCUUAUUCCUCACUGAAUACCACUCAUUACUCAGCUCCUGGCAAUGAAACACUUCAGAAUACAACUAUUAAUAUUUUGGUUAACACUGUGAACAAUUUUUUACAAAAGGACAAAUUAAUGGUCUGGGAAGCUCUUCCUGUAGCUAACCAAAGAAUGAGUCUGACUAAACUGAUGCAUACUACAGAACAAGCAGCGCUUCUCAUGUCACAGAACAUCAAAAAGACAACACAGCUAGAUGCUAAUGCAAGUGACAUAGCACUCAAGGUUUUUGCUUUUGAUUCACACCACAUGAAACACAUUCACCCUCAUGUAUACACGGGAGGAGAUUAUAUAAAGAUCUCUCCGAAGAAGAAAGAGGAAUCUUAUCCUAAUGGCACCGUUGCAGUUGUCUUUCUGCGGUAUAGCAAUAUUGGUUCUUUGCUUUCAUCGCCUAAAAACCGCUCCUCGAAAGAGAGUUCAGAACAGAAAGAAACAGUAAGCUCAUCAGUUAUAGCUGUUGCAAUUAGCUCAAAUCCACCCACGCUCUAUGAGCUUGAGAAAAUAACAUUUACCUUAAAGUACACCAAGAUUGCAGAUAAAGAUAUUAAAUGUGCAUUUUGGAACUACUCAGCAGACACAAUGAAUGGCAACUGGGCUACAGAAGGCUGCGAGCUGACACAUUCCAACACCACUCACAUCUCAUGCAAAUGCAAUCAUCUGACUCAUUUUGCUGUUUUGAUGUCCUCAGGUGGCUCUGUUGGUGUUACAAAUUAUAACAUUCUUACAAGAAUCACUCAGCUAGGAAUAAUUAUUUCGUUGAUUUGCCUCUCCAUGUGCAUUUUUACAUUCUGGUUCUUCAGUGAAAUUCAAAGCACUAGAACGACAAUUCACAAAAACCUCUGCUGCAGCCUUUUCCUGGCGGAACUUAUUUUUCUGGUUGGAAUUAAUAUGAACAAUAACAAGCUCUUCUGUUCAAUCACUGCUGGGUUACUCCAUUAUUUCCUUCUAGCUGCUUUUGCAUGGAUGUGCAUCGAAGGCAUUCAUCUCUACCUUAUAGUCGUGGGAGUUAUCUACAACAAGGGAUUUUUACACAAGAAUUUCUAUGUCUUUGGCUAUGUCAGUCCAGCUGUGGUGGUUGGAAUCUCUGCUGCAUUAGGAUACAAGUAUUAUGGCACUACAGAAGUAUGUUGGCUCAGCACAAAGAAUAACUUUAUAUGGAGUUUUAUAGGACCAGCAUGUCUAAUAAUUCUUGUUAAUUUGCUGGCUUUUGGAGUGAUUAUUUAUAAAGUAUUUCGACACACUGCAAUGUUAAAACCCGAAGUUAGUUGUUAUGAAAAUAUAAGGUCCUGUGCCCGAGGUGCUCUUGCUCUCCUGUUCCUCCUCGGGGCGACCUGGAUCUUCGGGGUCCUCCACGUCGUCCAGGGAUCGGUGGUUACUGCCUACCUUUUUACCAUCUUCAAUGCAUUUCAGGGGAUGUUCAUCUUCAUAUUUCUGUGUGUGUUGUCGAGAAAGAUUCAGGAAGAGUAUUAUAGGUUGUUCAAAAAUGUUCCUUGCUGUUUCGGCUGCUUAAGAUAAAUGGAA